GGCGCGGCGUCAGUGCGCAGCUGCAGGCCGGAUUGACCGAGGAACAGGAAGGGAGCCGCAGUUCAUGGAAGACAGUCACUGUACCACAGGAGACCGCAGUCAUCAGGAGGUGGCCUAUGCUUUUACUGGAUUUAACACUGGAACUGAAGACAGCACUAAAGAAUCGGGCUCAUCUCUGUCUGCCGCAUCCAUUUUUCCCCUUACCUGUGCUUCAUCUCGACUGGGUCCCACCGAAAAAACCUCUCCCUGUCCUAUUGUCGGGGGUUUGCCGGACCCCCCUGAGGGAGGGAACAAUGCAAAGUGGACCGCUGUGGCCAACGGACAGCCCUCCUCCGUGGUGUCCCAGCGCUACAUGCCCCGUGAGGUGCCCCCGCGCUUCCACAACCAACAGGAACCAAAAGUGCUACUGAAAAGGGGCCAGCCACCAUUGUCCUGCAUGCUGCUGGGGGGUGGAAGCGGAGGGGACCCUGUGCCCCAAAUUCCCCUGCAGGAGCAAGCUGAUUCCUCAGAUCCAACAGUAGAUUCUGUAUCUCUGCACUUAUCGUCAGACGCCUCUGCCGCUCCCACUUAUGCAAAUUACACAUGGGGGUUGAGCUCAGGACGUCAACCCUCCACUCAGGGAAUGGACAAGGACAGUUCUGAUGUAGAGAAAUGGCCUACACCCGAAGACUCAUGGACUAGCGAUCAGACCCCACAUUCGGCCAGGUCAAAGAUGGAUGAGUCUGAUGUCCAAAGAAUGGACAGUUCUUCUCAACUCUUUGAAUAUGCAGAAGCCACUUUGGAAGGAGGUGCAUCUUCUCAGUCUGAGAAUAAAGAAUCCAUUAAAGGAGUCAAUCAGCAGUUCAAUUACAAGGUUUCAAUGCUUUCUGGAAACCAGGAGGACACUCAAUGUCUAAAACCAAAUUCCAACCCUGAUGACCCUAACGGAGCAAACCACACUACUUCUGAGGAAUCUACUCAUACACCCUUGAGUCCUGCCAGUGCAAUGUACCAGACACUCUGCAAGAACGAAGAGCGCAUUACAGGGGAUUGGUUGGAGCUUCAGGCUGGACCAAAUCGUGGUGGAGAUGUUGGAGUCUCCAGUUCUGUAUUAUGGGAUACAGAAGAAGACCCUGUUGGGAAGAGAAUUGAUGCAGUAGGUGGAAGUUCAAGUGAAGGCACUGGCAUCUCUAAGGGAGUGUGGGGCGGAGACACGGUAGGUUCAAACAACCAGGCAGCUACAGGAUGGACCUCAGACUUAGCAGUUGGAGCAUCAAAAGAGUAUGUUAGAGGGAUCUCUGAAGUAAGCACAGAUAGUUUACAGGACUCUUCAAAGUUUGCAAACAGCGUGGAUUCGAGAGAUGACAAUCAGAAAGCAUUUGGUGAUUCGGAUGGGUCUGAGGAAAAAUCGACUGGCAGAGAAAGCAAUGAGGAUGGGAUGCAUGCCUCAAAUCUGGUCCAAAGCCCCUCCAGAAGUCAGACCCUCCAACCAGAAGAAGCCUUACAGAGCAUCAUCAAUCACACUAACCUGGAUCCUAAAGUGCUGUGCAACACAGGAUGGGGAAAGACUCAGAUCAAGCAGAGUGUCGCCUGGGAUUUUGAGGCAGACAGUGGGAAUGUUGGCUGGGGUGGAGAAGCGCACACCGACCGCAGUAAGGAGGGCUGGCAGGACUCUCGGGAUCUAUCCAGCUCCAAAAUGCAGAAGCAGGAGGUUGGCCAGGUGGGUGGAGCUCAAGGAUGGCCCGGGCAUGGAGACAAGAGCAUUGGGAUUGGUUGCAAAGGGAGUGGUUGGGGAGAAGACCAGGAGGUUGAUGAUACUUGCAAGAAGGAGGAAAUGGGGUGGAACCAAGGUGGUGGAAGUGAGUGGACUCCAUUACCUGAGGGUGGAGGCUGGAAUGAAGAAAGAGGCCGUGACUGCAAGAAUCAGGAUGAAGGGUCAUGGGGCAGCCCAGAAGAGUCGGGACAGCGGAGUGGUGGCUGGGGAGGCAGCAGUGUCAAAACACAACAGGGAUGGGGCGAGAAGCUUCUUCCAUCACAGAUACCAAACAAACAACCAGCUCUUAAAACCCAAAAUCAAAAACCACAGCAGCAAAUGCCGGGAUAUCCAAAGGACUUGCAGGAACAGGGUCGUCCAGGAGACACCAAUGAUCAAAGUAAAGGGUCUGGCUGGACCUGUGGGCCCAUUCCUCAGGUGCCUUCAGUUGAAGAGCCAAGUGGGUGGGAGGAACCCUCGCCACAGUCCAUCAGACGGAUAACGGAAAUUGACGAUGGCACAGCUGCAUGGGGCGAUCCGUCAUGUUACAACAGCAGGAACGUCAAUCUGUGGGAUAAGAAGACCAACAGCUCACAAGACCAAAAUCAGUCGUCUGGAAGACAGGCUGGAGCUCUAUCUAAAAAGUCUGCUCCUGCAACAUGGGCACGGAGCAGUGGUCCCCCCGAUCCUUCUGUGGACAGCGAUGCAUCUACCUGGGGGAAAUCGUUUGAUGGUUGGGGUGAGUCCAGUGAACAAGGCAAAGGAGGAGAAUGGAGAAACUCGCAUUCCCAUUCUACUAAAUCUGGCUCAAAGUCUAUGCAAGAGGGGUGGGGUGACGAAGGCUCCAAUGUAUCGCGCCACUCCAGCUGGGAGGAUGAGGACAGUGGCACUGGUGUUUGGGGCAGUCGGGGAUCUCAAAGCAACACAUACAACUCUGGGGGCUGGGGCCAAGGCCAGGGUGCCAGGAGACUCAACACUAAGAGCCCUCUUAAAGGAAACAGUGGGGACUCAUGGGUGUCUCCUGUGAAUCGGCAGUUUUCCAACAUGAACGUUACGGAUGAAGACUCCAGUAUGGGUCACGACAGUAGGCAAGACAGGAGAGGAAUGAAUGAUGGUGAGAUGCGGAGAGGCGGCAGGACUGGGGGAGCUUUCCGCUCACAGCCUUCCAAAGAGAUGCCAUGUGGGGAGACCGGACCUUACCUGGACAAGGUUGGAGGUCAUGGUAUGUUUGGUGGUGGUGGGAUACCUCCAAUGAGAGGUAUGCACCAGGCUGGUGUGCACCCCUUAAACCCUUCUCCUGGGAUAAGAGCACAAGUGCCUCACCAGUUCCUGCCUCCUCAGGUUCCUGGGCCAAUGUUAAAGCCAAUGGCACCACCUAGUGGAGGCAUGUUUCCCCCACAGCUUUCCCCCCAACACCUCGCCAUGCUUAGUGGCAUUCAUCCACACAUGCAACAGUUUCAACUAGCCUGUCAGCUCAUAUUGCAACAACAACAACAACAACAGCAGCAGCAGCAGUUUCUGAAUCAGAGGAAGUUUCCUCCUCCUGUGAGACAACAGCACGACCCGCAGCAGCUGGCGCGGAUCAUGGCGAUCCUACAGCAGCAGCAGCAGGGUCCUAAACUCUCACCACCACCCAUGGGAGGAGGACAUGUCCCCAAACACCCAGACGCACAUCUCCAUGCGCUGGGCAUGAAUGCACACAGACCAGUCAUGGGAGGAUCUGAGCUGCACAGCAAAGCCCCUGCUGCUUUCACAGGGCCGGUCAGGCAGGCCGCUGGCUCCUCCUUCUCUCAGUAUGAUGUGUUGGGCGGCAGCUGGCACAGAAGCGCAGGUGGGAAAGUCGAUGCAUCUCCUGCCAACCCCACCUGGCCUCCAGAGUUUCAGCCGGGCGUCCCAUGGAAGGGCAUCCAGAGCCCUGAGCCCGAGCCAGACCCCUACAUGAGCCCUGCAGGACUGAUGGGAUCCUCUGUGCUCGGUCACACCGAACAUCAUCUGCUGCAAGACAACACAGGGUCAAACUCUCUGAACACCUGUAUGCCUUCACCUGGUGCCUGGCCAUACAGUGCCUCAGAAACGCCCCUCAAUGCACACAGCACCGCUAAAUACUCCGAGCUGAAGUCCAGUUGGCCACCGGAGCCCAUUGGACAUGGCAAAUCAUGGCGGACCAAUCGGAACCCUUCUCACCUGCCCCGCCCCCCUCCGGGUCUCCCCAGUCAGAAGCAGCCGUGGUCGGGGGAGGGGCCUUGGAUGCCCAGGACUUGGGGGGGCGGAGCCAGCCCAGUGGAGUCACCCUUCAAAACAGAGUGGAGCGAUGGAGGAGCUUCCGCAGGAAAAUCAUGGCUGUUGCUGCGAAACCUCACGCCACAGAUCGACGGCUCGACCCUGAGGACGAUCUGUCUGCAGCACGGCCCUCUGCUGACCUUUCACCUCGGCCUGACACAGGGUAGUGCUCUGAUCCGCUACUGCAGCCCUCAUGAAGCCGCCAAAGCCCAGAGCGCUCUGCAUAUGUGUGUUCUGGGAAACACUACCAUCGUGGCCGAGUUCAUGAGUGAGGAGGACGUCGCCCGUUACUUCACACAUUCCCAGGCCGCAGGGGUCGCGGGGUCACCCGAGGGCUCGCCCAGCUCUGACCUCAUCACGCGAGAGGGCGAGCGGCCCUUGAGCACCGGGGCGGAUGGAGACGUGGCAGUGGGCUGGCAGGGGCUGGACGUGACGGCUGGCUCCGCGGUGGAAGCCCCAGGACUCGCCCUCCUCAGCCAAUGGAGCAACAACGCAGGGGAGGGGGCGGGGAAAGGCGUCUGGGGGGGCGUGGCUCUCGGUUACCACGGUGGCAGCCUAUGGGGCACUCCUCAGUUAGAGGAUGCCACAGCCGGGUUGUUGCCAGGCAACCUGCUUGGAGGCGGGACAGACAGUUUGUGAUUGACAGCAGUCAGUUCUUGAGUCGCUGGUACGUGGCGUAUAAAGUGUCAACCUGCAAAAAUAAUGAUUGUUUCCAAACAUGUGGAAGCCCAUGCAUUGUUACAGUUUUUCAGUCUAGUUUUCGUGAACAUUAAAUUUGUUUUAACCCCAAAUUUUAUAUAUAUAUAUAUAUAUAUAUAUAUAUAUAUAUAUAUAUAUAUAUAUAUAUAUAUAUAUAUAUAGACAUACAUUUAUUUUGGGGCCAUUAAAAAAAUCGCGUUGACAUUAUUUUUAAGGACAGUUAAUCAUGUUCUCAGCUAGUACUCAUUACUGUAUGUCAUAUCUCAUUUUCAUUCUCAUAUAUAUAUGUAUGAUAAUGUGUGUGUGUGUGUGUGUGUGUACUAGGUUUUAUUAUUUUCGAUAUAAAGGCAUUACAACAAAUAUAAUGAAAAAUUAUUGAAUUGGCAUGAGAAAAUGUGUCUAUUUUAGUAAAAAAAUAAGUUACCAAAAACAAAGCAUAAUGCAUGGCCUCUGUAUGUUUUCAUUGUUUUUGCAGUUGUUUCUGGUGACACUAAGCAGCUUUAAGACACUCACAUGCAGAGAGCUACAUUUCUACUCAAACAAUGGACGUGUUGACGGGCUUUUGUAUCUGUCCAGUCAGAUAUUAAACACACACAGGUGCAGUGUGAGCGUCGUAGGGAUUUGCUUACAGACAUUCUCAUCAUUGCCAGAGUUAAGCUAUCAUGUAUUUGAAUGCAGGGACUGUUCCUUAAGGCCUUCUUAAACACACACAUGCGCGCACACACACACACACUGCUCAACUUGAAUGACUGACUUCAAUUUGAUGUUACGUUGGCACACGCAGACACCGAUUGAUGCUUCGACAGCAGAUUUAUUGGUUUCAUUAAUAGCGCAAGAACAUUUGAAGCAGGUAGAUGCGUUAAACUCGCCAAAAACAAAACAAAUAAAACACCCAUCUAAGUUUUAUUUCACUCCAGAAUUAAAAUCAUGAUUGAUGACUGCGCACAUUUACUCACACAUUCUCAUUAUUGUAGUGUGGAAAGUGUUCAAUUUCUCAUUACCGUAACAGUAAUAUUUCCUGUAUAACUGCAAUACAAUUAGCUCUUAAUUUUAAUAAUCUAGUAUCAUGAUAGAUAAACACUUUAUAUUUUAAAUAACGUCAUUUUUCUGCAUUAAAGUAAUGAGAAUUUGGAGAGAAAAUGUUUAAAGUUUGGAAGGCUACAUUGCUACUUUGGGAUUCAGGAGUGAAAUUGCUUCCCUGUGUUUUGGGAGGUUCACGCAGAUGGUGUUUUUCGGCUUUUCUGUCGCUCCGUUCCUUAUCCAGCGCGGCGUUCCUGUGGAUUGGUGUAUCUUAAACACAUCUGAUCUCUCAUUCAGACCUUCCACUGUUCCCUUCUUGAUCUGUUCGUCAGGUUUGCUGUUACAUUUAUAUGAUUCGUAUGUUGUUUUUUGCUAAGGCGUAUACAAGUUAUCUUUAAAGACUUUCAAGUGAUCGGACGGACGUCUGUAACGUGUGUAUGUGUGCACUUUACUGUUUUGGCCUGUGUUUGUGUGCAGCUGUACAUUGUUAAUUGUGCACUAUACACUGCUGGUUGUGUUUCACAAAUGUUGGCAUUAGCGGGUUUCUGCUAUUGGUGUUUCUCUUGUGUUUUUUAAGCGGACUCAUGUAGCCUUUUGUAUCGGCUGAAUUGCAAUAAUGAUUCUACAAGCAUUUUUAAGACAUGAACGUGUGACGGCGUUUCUGCCAAACUUAUCCGCCUGUCCAGAGUUUACAAACAGCUGAAAGACGUGUGUGUUUUUAUGUGUCUGUGCUGUUGUUUUUGUUUUAAAUUAAGACUUUAACACUCCUUUCAGUGUUUUGUUUUUUGAGCUUUUACAGAGAAAAAGAAGUGAAGAGUUUAUUUAAAUAAAAGUGACAUGCAGCUGUUAUAAACACUGAA